AAAAGAUUAUAUGUGGUCAGAGAAUUUUCAGAUUUUAUUAGAAUUUCAUUCGAACAAGCAAGGGAAAGUUUAUUAAGAUUUGUAGGAGAUGUUGUAAAUGAUCAUGAACCAGUUAUUAGACAAGCAUUGGUUGAACAAAUACCACUUAUUGGGGAAUGUUAUAUUGAAUUUGGGGAUGAAGAUGGAUAUCAAAAAGUAUUAAAAGUAUUACUACCAAUAGUAGCACAAUUAACAACCGAUAGAAACCCACAAGUUAGAAUGUCAGCUGUUGAAUCACUUCAAGAAAUGGCAAAGUUAAUUAAACAUCAAGAUUUAGAGGUUCAUUUAAUUCCAUUCAUUAAAUCUUUAGUAAAUGAUUCAACCGAUGAAGAACAUAGAGUCCAAGCUGCAAAUUUAUGCCAUAAUUUAGCACCAAUUAUUGGAGAGGAAUUAACCAAAAAUAUUUUCUUACCAUUUAUUGUUAAAUUAGCAAAUGAUUUAUCAUUCAGAGUUAGAAAAGCAAUUGCAUUAAAUUUAGGUAACAUUUGUGAAACCAUUGGUGAAAAAGAUACAACCGAAUUAUUAUUACCAAUUUAUAUUCAAUUAACUAAAGAUGAAAUGUGGGCAGUUAGAAAAGGAUGUGCUGAAGUUUUAAUUUCAGUUAGUAAAAAUAUUUCACCAAUUGAAAGAUAUUCUAAAUUAAUUCCAAUUUUUGAAGAGUUUGUUAGUGAAGAUCCAUCAAGAUGGGUUAAUAAUACAGCUUUUCAAAAUUUAGGACCAUUUAUUGCAACAUUUGAAGGAUCACAAAUAACUCCAAAACUUUUACAAUAUUAUACUGAUAUGAUCAAUCCAUCAAGUAUUAAAUUCCCAGACAGCGAUUUAGUCACCCAUUGUGCAUUUAAUUUCCCCGCUGUACUUUACACUGUUGGUGCUUCAAGAUGGUCUGAAUUAAAAGAUACUUAUUUAUCAUUAGUUAAAGAUACAAAUUGGAAAGUCAGAAGAACUCUUUCACAUUCAAUUCAUGAAAUUGCAUGUAUUUUAGGACCUGCUGAAACCAAAGCCUCAUUAUUACCAUGUUUUAAUUUAUUCCUUCAAGAUUUAGAUGAGGUCAGAGUAGGUGUUAUUAGAAACUUUGGUCAAUUCCUUAAAUCAUUAGAAUCUACCCAAAGAGACUCCUAUAUUGCCACUAUUCAAGUUUUUGUUAAUGAUCCAAACAAAUGGAGAUUCAGAAAAUUAAUAUCAAAACAAAUAGGUGAAAUGUGCAGUUUAUUUAAUCUUAAAACGAAUUUAACUCAAUUAGCACCAAUUCUUAUAACUUUAUUAAAUGAUCCAGUCGCCAAAGUUAGA